AAGAGGGUGUAGUCCUGAGCUGGGAGUUGGCUGGAUAAGGAAGCGGCGGAGAGCAACCGAGAUCACAACCCGAACCUACAGCGACCAGAACCCGAGACCAGGACCAGAACACUGAGAGGCAGACACUUGACCCCGUGAAGUGGUUCAGAGAGACGCUGGUCCGCUGUUUCUAAAACUUUAUUUGGUUUAAAAAGUGACCCAGCAGUUCCGCUAAGUUAGCCUGCUAACAGCUAGUUACCCUGCCUGUUAACAGGGAAGUGACGGUGUCAGGCGAAGUCGGGCUCGAGCCGCAGGUGUUUUCUUUAGAAGAUCCAGCAGCAGCAGCAGCAGAAGAUGAGUGGAGGCGUGAACAGCAUCGAUGCUGUGAAGAAGAAGAUCAAGGUGCUUCAGGACCAGGCGGAGGAGGCUGAGGAUAGAGCCGAGAGACUGCAGAAGGAGGUGGAGAAGGAGAAGAGGAUCAGAGAGGAGGCUGAAGCGGAGGUGGCAGCUCUGGGUCGUCGUCUGCAGAUCAGUGAGGAGAGCCUGGACCGGGUUCAGGAGAGACUGGCCAACACCCUCCAUAAACUGGACGAGGUGGAGAAGGCUGCUGAUGAGAGCGAGAGAGGCAUGAAGGUGAUCGAGAACAAAGCUAUGAAGGACGAGGAGAAGAUGGAGCAGCUGCAGGUUCAGCGGAAAGAAGCUGACCAGAUCGCUGAGGAGGCCAACCGCAAAUAUGAAGAGGUGGCUCGUAAACUGGUCAUGGUGGAAGGAGAACUGGAACGAGCCGAAUACCGAGCUGAGCAGGCCGAGAGUAAGUGUCGAGUGCUGGAGGAGGAGCUGAAAACUGUCUUCACUAGCUCAAAGUCUCUGGAGGCCCAGGCGGAGAAGUACUCUCUGAAGGAGGACAAGUACGAAGAGGAGAUCAGGAACCUGAGCAACAAACUGAAGGAGGCUGAGACCAGAGCAGAGAGUGCGGAGCGUACACUGAACAAACUGGAAAGGACCAUCGACGACCUGGAAGAGGCUCUCGCUUCGGCCAAAGAGGAUAACAUCAAAAUACACGCCACUCUGGAUCAGACCUUGCAGGACCUCAACUCCUUCUGAGCCUCCCUCCACCCCCUCUGCUGCCUGACAGGUGGAUGUCAGGGACUCUGUGGCGUCACCUCCCCCUCCUCCCCCUCCUCCCCCUCUCUAAAUGAUUUCACACAUUCCUUCUCUGAACCUUUAAGUCACAUUUGGAGCGUUGCUUUAAUUUACUCCUCCUCCUGUCUGGCCCCUCCUGCUCCCCCGUCUCCUCACCCUCUGACAGUGCCAACUCCCCCUCCUCCCCCUCCAGUAUUAUGUGAGGGGUCCAGACGAGGAGCUACUAUAAGGGACUUUAACAGUGACUUACAGCCAUUCCCUUGUUCUCCACUAAUUAAUGACUAAUUAAGCUCUGGGUGUUUGUCUUAACGGUUUGUCAUAUCUGAUUCUUUUCUUUGCCACAUUAAUUAGUGAUUGAUUGAUUAGAGCCAAUGUUUUGUUAGCCAAUGAUUUAUUUUGUUCAAAGGGGUGUGGUUUACAGUGUCCAAUCACAACGAGGCAUUCCACUGCCAUAUAUGGUAGACCAGGGGCCAAUCAGAGGUCAGAGACACAUCCCCAGUGUUUUUUUUUUCUAUAGGUGAUCUUUGACCUGAUGAAAAGAAUAAAGUUUAGAAAGUUUUUACCUGGAAGUUGGUGCUGAUGUCACAGCUCAAUGUAAUAAAUCAUGACACAAAGUAAGACAGGAUUUUAUAAAAUAAAAGCACCGACACUGGUAUGUAGAUCUAAA